CCCAAUUUCAAAAGCUACGUCGCCAGCAUCUUAAGAGAGCUGAGUUGCUUGUGGUUGGCCAGUGUUGACACAGAGCAGCAUGAGACUCUCAUCUUCCUACCAGGGAUGCACAUAUUGGAAGCAAAAGGCCGUUUGACGGCUCAUUUCAAGAAAAGUGACAUGUGGAGGACCGGAAUUGUUCUUCUUCUGCUGCUGCUGCUGGGCUCACAGGUCACACGUUGCGAUGAAGCGGACGAGUUAGCCUUGGAUGAGCAGGAGAAUGCGAGCGACAUAUCUGCAGUUCUGGGAAAGACACGUCACCACAUCUUGGCCGCGCAGUUUGAAUGCUACUUGAAGAUAAUCAACGAUCCGCCGCGAGUAGAUGAAGGUAGUUACUGUAACCGCACCUGGGACGGCUGGUUGUGUUGGGGGGACUCCGCACCGGGCACCGUCAUCCAGAUGUGCCCGGAAUACUUCCUGGACUUUGACCCAGCUGAAAAAGUGACCAAAGUGUGCAAUCCUGACGGCCGGUGGUUCCACCACCCGGAGAGCAACAGAGUGUGGUCCAACUACACCCAGUGUUCCGUCCACACCAAAGACAAACUCAAGUUUGCCAUCAGUCUCUACUACCUCGCCAUGGUGGGUCACGGCCUCUCCAUCGUCUCCCUCAUCGUCUGCCUCGUCAUCUUCUCCUACUUCAAAAGUCUUAGCUGCCAGAGAAUCUCCCUGCACAAGAACACCUUCCUCUCCUUCAUUCUGAACUCCGUGGUCACCAUCAUGUGGCUCUCGCUCACGGUGGCCAACAACCAGACCAUCAACGCCAGAAAUCCCGUGAGCUGUAAAGUGCUGGCUGUGUUGACUCAGUACACGUCCACCUCCAGCUACUUCUGGAUGCUGUGCGAGGGCAUCUACCUUCACACUCUCAUCAUCGUGGCGGUCUUUGUUGGGGAGCAGCAGCUCUUCUGGUACUACGUCCUGGGGUGGGGCUUCCCCAUCGUUCCUGCCAUCACGUAUGCUGUGGCUCGUGGCCUCUUCUUCAAUGACAAGUGUUGGAUCAGCUCUCACACUCACCUGCUGUACAUCAUUCAUGGCCCCAUUCAAGCUGCACUGCUGGUCAACCUGUUCUUUCUGCUGAACAUUUUGCGGGUUCUGAUCACCAAACUGAAGGAGACCCACUGCGCCGAGUCCACCACCUACCUGAAGGCGGUGAGAGCCACCCUCAUCCUCAUCCCUCUGCUGGGGGUGCAGUUCAUCCUCUUCCCCUGGAGGCCCGAGGGACGCAUCAGCCGGGCCAUUUUUGACUUCUUUGUAAAUAUCUUCUGCCAUUUCCAGGGACUGAUGGUGGCAAUUAUAUUCUGUUUCUGCAAUGGUGAGGCCCAGACGGCGGUGAAGAGGAAAUGGUCCCAGUGGAAGUCGGCCUGGGGAAAGACCGGCUGGGGCGACACCCCCGUCAACACCAACAGCCACUUCAGCUACCACAACAAUUCCUCCAUCACGGAGACCAGCCGCGUCGCCGUGAACGCAGAGCAGCCCGACGCUCACUGGAAAGCCGGCGAGAACGCUCGCUUCCUGUCUGGAGGCAGCGCGGCGUGCGACACAGAUGAGACCCCCGACACCCUUUUCCCCCUCAAAUAACCCCCGUAUUGCAUAUUUUUAGAGGCGCCACUGUAAGAAAUGCAUCAUGUGCGUCACUGAGGUUUUGUACAUAAAUGAUCACUCACUGUAAUUCCUCAUAUAGUGUCCUUACUCAACUGCAGAGGCUGCCAGGCAAUAGGGCUAAGACGUUUUAUCAGGUGGAAACUUUUCCUCGUACAAAUGCAUUUUUAUAAUAAUAUUACAACACUUUUUUUUUGCAGUUUUCUGCAAAUAUAUCUAUAAUUUGAUCAUCAAGGGCCUUUAUUGUGGUAGCACACUCGAGACACAUGAGAUGGCACAAGAUGCGGUAGACUUAGCCUAACAAGAAUACUAGUAUGUACAUAAUCAUGUAAAUAGAAUAUGAUGUAAAUGGACUCUCAAACUUUUUUUUUUCACCUGAGAAAAAACUUUGUUCCCAAGUACAAUACCCUCUAAAGCAGGGGUGUCAAACUCAAAUACAGACUGGGCCAAAAUGUAAAAGUGAACAAAGCCGCGGGCGAAGGUUGAACAAAUUAACCUUUUUGAUAGGAACCCAAACAAGUUUUGCAUUGAAUAUUGAACAAGCAAGGCUUAUAUAACUUUAUAGUGACACGCAAAAUCCAGUUUCAAAUAAUAAUUAAAGCUGCAAGCAGCGUUGGUCGGGUCCGCCUUUUGGCAGGUGCUAGUCCUAGGUGUCCAAUACUUUUGUCCAGUGGUAGUCCUGAGUGAGACCUACAUAGAGGUUUUUGUUUCGUGUCUCUACGAUAUUCGUACUGGGAGUUAGAGGAAGUUGUGUCUGAGUUCACAUUGUCAUUAUAGGGUAUUGUGUGUAGAAUUUGGAGGACAAAAAAGAAGAAAUUGCAUUUUCCGUUGUCAUUUUUGGCACCGGUGCAGCAUCAGUGCUGCGGGUCUUUGAAGGCUCGUAAAAUCAAAACCGUAGCACGUAGCAAAACGCCGUCGUCAACUUUUAAUCAGAAGGGUUCAAUCUCUCUCCUGUAGCAGUUUGAAGCCGAAACGACAAACGUGCUCAGAGGAGAUAAUGUUUGAUGUUUGGUGACCGGUUUGAACAAAAAUUUUGUUUUGAAGGAGGAAUAGCAAACUUCCUGUUGAUUUUUGGUAAAGGAUGUCAAUCUAUGAAAUGUAGGUCUAGGCGAGACCUACAUAGAGGUAUUUGUUUCAUGUCUCUAAGACGUUCCUACCGGAAGUUACAAGCAGUUUUGUCUGGGUUUUCCUCUGAGAAGCAGUUUUGACUCUGUUUUAUUAAAAAAUUGCGCUAGAGCGCAAUUUUGAGUUUUGGGGUUCAGGUUUUUUUUAGAUCGCAAAAAUUUUGGUGAGUUUUGAAGUAUUUUAAGGGGGUCAAAUUACAGCUCAAAGAGGCAAAAAUUUGUGUUUUUAGUCAUUUUUGUGUGUUGAAGGGGAAAUUGCCAACUUCCUGUUGGUUUUUGCCCGAGGAUGUGAAAUUAUGAAUUGUAGGUCUAAGUGAGACCUACAUACAGGUUUUUGUUUCAUGUCUCUACGACCCUCCUAGUGGGAGUUACAGGCAGUUUGUUUUUGUUUUUUUUCCUAGGGGGCGCUAGAGCGCGAUUUUUAUUUUUGGGGUUUGUUUUUUUUUUUACUAAAGUGUGCUGUCCCAGUUUUUCUAUGUGUGUAUAAAAUUUGGUGAGUUUUGAAGCAUGUUAAGGGGGGCAAAGUAGUGCGCAAAGCUGCGGAAUAAUAAUCAACCUUACAAUUUCAAUAGGUUCCUUUGUACCUGUAUAAAGGACUCCCUGGGGGAGUCCUUUAUACAGCUACAAAGGACCCUAAUUAAAGCUGCAAGCAGCGUUGGUCGGGUCCGCAUUUUGGCAGGUGCUAGUCCUAGGUGUCCCAAUACUUUUGUCCAGUGGUAGUCCUGAGUGAGACCUACAUAGAGGUUUUUGUUGCAUGUCUCUACGAUAUUCGUACUGGGAGUUAGAGGAAGUUUUGUCUGUGUUUUUUUCCUAGGUGCUGCGGCACAGUGGUUCUUUUCUUUGAAGGCUCGUAAAAUCAAAACGGUAGCACUUAUUAAAACGCUUUCGUCAACUUUUAAUCACAAGGGUUCAAUCUCUCUCCUGUAGUAGUUUGAAGCCAGACCGACAAACCCGCUCAGAGGAGAUAAUGUUUGAAGUUUGGUGACCGCUUUUUAAAAAAAAAGUGUUUUGAAGUGGGGAUAUCAAACUUCCUGUUGAUUUUUGCUGAAGGAUUUCAAUCUAAGAAAUGCAGGUCUAGGUGAGACCUACAUAGAGGUAUUUGUUUCAUGUCUCUAAGAUGUUCCUACCGGAAGUUACAAGCAGUUUUGUCUGAGUUUUCCUCUGAGGAGCAUUUUUUUUCUCUGUUUUAUUCAAAAAUUGCUCUAGAGCGCAAUUUUGAGUUUUGGGGUUCGGUUUUUUUUUUUUUUAGAUCGCAAUUUCCACCAGUCCCGAUGUGUGUGAGAAGUUUGGUGAGUUUUGAAGUAUUUUAAGAGGGUCAAAUUAGAGGUCAAAGAGGCAAAAAUGAGUGUUUUUAGUCAUUUUUUGUGUUGAAGGGGAAAUUGCCAAGUUCCUGUUGGUUUUUGCCCGAAGAAAUUAAUUAAUGAAACGUAGGUAUAAGUGAGACCUACAUAGAGGUUUUUGUUUCAUGUCUCUACGACAUUCCUAGUGGGAGUUAGAGGCAGUUUACUUCCUAGGGGGCGCUAGAGCGCAGUUUUGAUUUUUGGGGUUUUUUUUUUUUUUACUAAAGUGUGCUGUCACAGUUUUUCUAUGUGUGUGUCAAAUUUGGUGAGUUUUGAAGCAUGUUAAGGGGGGCAAAGUAGUGCGCAACGGUGCGGAAGAAUAAAGAAAGAAAUAAUAAAACCUUACAAAUUCAAUAGGGUCCUUAAAGGACAAUGGUCCUGUGCCAAUUUGCUCAAUUUACCUUUAACUCUAUGUUAUUAUUAAUAAUUAAUGAUAUUUACACUUAAUUGAACGGUUUAAAAGAGGAGAAAACACAGAAAAAAUGACAAUUACAUUUUGAAACAUAGUUUAUCUUCAAUUUCGACUCUUUAAAAUUCAAAAUUCAACCGAAAAAAAAGAAGAGAAAAACUAGCUAAUUCGAAUCUUUUUGAAAAAAUUUAAAAAAUAAUUUAUGGAACAUCAUUAGUAAUUUUUCCUGAUAAAGAUUAAUUUUAGAAUUUUGAUGACAUGUUUUAAAUAGGUUAAAAUCCAAUCUGCACUUUGUUAGAAUAUAUAACAAAUUGGACCAAGCUAUAUUUCUAACAAAGACAAAUCAUUAUUUCUUCUAGAUUUUCCAGAACAAAAAUUUUAAAAGAAAUUCAAAAGACUUUGAAAUAAGAUUUAAAUUUGAUUCUACAGAUUUUCUAGAUUUGACAGAAUAAUUUUUUUGAAUUUUAAUCAUAAUAAGUUUGAAGAAAUAUUUCACAAAUAUUCUUCGUUGAAAAAACAGAAGCUAAAAUGAAGAAUUAAAUUACAAUUUAUUUAUUAUUCUUUAAAAUAAAAACAAUAAAUUUACUUCAACAUUUAUUUAAAUUGUCAGGAAAGAAGAGGAAGGAAUUUAAAAGGUAAAAAGGUAUAUGUGUUUAAAAAUCCUAAAAUCAUUUUUAAGUUUGCAUUUUUUCUCUAAAAUUGUCUUUCUGAAAGUUAUAAGAAGCAAAGUAAAAAAAUGUAUGAAUUUAUUUAAACAAGUGAAGACCAAGUCUUUAAAAUAUUUCCUGGAUUUUCAAAUUCUAUUUGAGUUUUGUCUCUCUUAGAAUUAAAAAUGUCGGGCAAAGUGAGACAAGCUUGCUAGUAAAUAAAUAAAAUGUAAAAAAUAGAGGCAGCUCACUGGUAAGUGCUGCUAUUUGAGCUAUUUUUAGAACAGGCCAGCGGGCUACUCAUCUGGUCCUUACGGGCGACCUGGUGCCCGCGGGCACCGCGUUGGUGACCCCUGGUCUAGACAUUUAAAACUUGAAUACUAAUAAAAAUAAUAAUACUGAAUAAAGACACAUUUUUUAUAUUUUUUAGACCAAAACCCUUUGGUCAAAAAACCCAGGAUCAAGCCUGAGUGGAGGCCUGAAUGUAUCUUUUUUAUACAUAUAUUAUAUUGCUUUUUAAAAUAAAUGGCCUUCGCUUGCUUUGAUUUUUCAGUGUGCGGCCCUCAGUGGAAAAAGUUUGGACACCCCUGCUGUAAAUGAAUAUGACUAGAUUGAGAAUAGAAUAGAAUACAUAGUAAAAUAGAUCCUGUAAAUGAAUAUGACUAGAUUGAGAUUAAAAUAGGAUAUGUAGUAAAAUAGAUCCUGUCGUGCAAAUAGAUAGACGGCAAACCAAAAGAAAUAAAAGCCUGAUUAAGCACAGUUGGUACACACGUGCAAGUUAAUAUGGAUAUAUUGUCAUUAUUAGAGAUAUAUCGGUCUGCCGAUAUUAUCGGCCGAUAAAUGCGUUAAAAUGUAAUAUCGGAAAUUAUCGGUAUCGUUUUUUUUAUUAUCAGUAUCGUUUUUUUUUGUUUUUUUUAUUAAAUCCACAUAAAAAACACAAGAUACACUUACAAUUAGUGCACCAACCCAAAAAACCUCCCUCCCCCAUUUACACUCAUUCACACAAAAGGGUUGUUUCUUUCUGUUAUUAAUAUUCUGCUUCCUACAUUAUAUAUCAAUAUAUAUCAAUACAGUCUGCAAGGGAUACAGUCCGUAAGCACACAUGAUUGUGCGUGCUGCUGCUCCACUAAUAGUACUAACCUUUAACACUUCAUUUUACAAAUUUUCAUUCAUUACUAGUUUCUAUGUAACUGUUUUUAUAUUGUUGUACUUUCUUUUUUAUUCAAGAAAAUGUUUUUAAUUUAUUUAUCUUAUUUUAUUUGAUUCAUUUUUUUAAAAAGUACCUUAUCUUCACCAUACCUGGUUGUCCAAAUUAGGCAUAAUAAUGUGUUAAUUCCACCACUGUAUAUAUCGGUUGAUAUCGGUAUCGGUUGAUAUCGGUAUCAGUAAUUAAAGAGUUGGACAAUAUCAGCAUAUUGGAUAUCGGCAAAAAGCCAUUAUCGGACAUCCCUAGUAAUUAUGAUGAAGUUUGUACAUGGCUAUGACAGAAUACAUAUUACAAUAUAUCACAUUGUGAUGAAAUGUGGAGCAGCUUUUACUGUGGAAGCACUUUUUGUCCUGUUUCAUGAUGAAUUAUUUACUCAACUUCAGUAGAACGCCUCUUCAUUGGGAAGGUUUUUCUUUGUGUGUCAAUAAGCAGGCUUCGAUCCUUUCAAGCCCCAACGUUAAACGUCAGCUUUACAGGUGCCAUGUCUGCUCUGUGGGCAGUUUGUACCACCCGUGGUUUGUUUGUUUUCUUCCUCAGGGGUUCAUUCGCUAUUUAUUUAUUCAAGUGGAAUAACGCAUAGAUGGACUGGAAGCAGAGCGUAGGCUGCUAUUUGAGGAAUGAUGCUAAUAAAGAUGCUUUUCCAGAUAGUCGUCCAUUUCACAAUCAACAUGGGCUCCUUCGGGAAUGUUUCGUCUCUCCCACUGAAAGUGCACUUCUCAAUUUGACAUUCCAAUAAUAAAAAUUAAAAAAAC